UUGUUAGUUUUAAAACCGAGUUCGGAGACACCAAGGUUCUUUGUCUUUUAAAAAUAUUAAUAUUUAAAAAUUUAUUAAAAUUAACAUUAUUACUUAACAAUAUUUUAAAUACUUGAUUUUAAUUAUUUAAUAUUGAUUAAUCAAUUUUAAAUAUUUUUAAUUUGAAAAAAAAAAAAAGGUUUCGAAACAUUAAAUAUUUCGAAAUUAUUUAUCAAGUGAUUUUUUGUGAUUCAAGUCAUAAUUUUUCUUCUUCUUAUUCUUUAUAAAUAAUUUUUAUUUUUUUUUUUGUUUUAAAAUUUCAUCAUUGUCUUUAUUUGCCGGAAGUGUGCAUUAAAUCAAAUGUGGAAUUUAAGUUUUUUAAUUUCUGAAAUUUAUCUACAUAUAUAAUUUUUUUUUCUGUUUUUAUUUUCUAAAAUUGUGACAUUAUUAUUAUUAUUAUCAUAUGAAAAUUGUUGCUAAUAAUCUUGUCCAAGCCCUUGAAUUAAAAAGUAAAUUUUUAUCAGUUAUUUAAUCAGUGUUUGAAUUAAUCUCAAUAUAUAUUAUUCACCUUUUAUUCUUGAAAUAAAAUAGGUCAAUAAAAAACAUUUAAAAGUUAUCGUUGCAAAUUGUUGACUUAUUUGAUUAAACUACAAGUGAUACGAGUUGAUAAAAAAAAAAAAAAAAAAAAAAAAUUCUUUCAAGUGCAGUGACACCAAAUUGGAAAAAUAAUAUAAAUAAUUUUUUUUUUCCAUCAAACAUUACGUUAUCAUCAUUGUUCAAGUAAUCAAAAAAAAAAAAAAAAAACUAAUGAAGCUUGAAUUUAAAAAUAUGAUAAAAUAAAUAUUGCAAAAACGAUUAAAUAAAAAAAAAAUAAAUAAAAAUGUCAAAUAGUUUAAAUAAUUUAGACAAUAAAGAAUAUAAUUUAAAAAUGUUAUCGAGUGAUUGUCCAAGUGUCAUUAUGAGAAUAGAUAAAUUAAAAAUAAAUAAUGAAAAAGAAGAAGAAAUAAUAAAAAAAUUAAAUAAAUCAACGCAAAUUGAUUUUUCAAAUAAUUCAAAAAUAUGGAAAGCAAUACCAAAUCGUAAACCACGUCCAUUAUCAUUAUCAUCUGGUUAUAUACAAAAAUCAAAUCAUUAUAAUCAAACAAUAAUAAAUACACCAAAAAAUUUAUUAUACGAAUCAAAAAGUGAAGUUGUUUUAUCACCAAGAACAAGAAUAAAUACUCCAAAUAAAUUUGUAUCACUUGAUAUUGAUAAUAUUAAUAAUCAAUAUAAACAAACAACAACAACAACAACAACAAGUGGUUCAUUAUACACACCAUAUUCAGAAAGUAAUAUAUCAAAUUCAUGCUGUAAUUGUUGUUGUAAUUGUACAAACAAUGCCAAACAAUCAAAUCAUAAUAAAAAAUUAAUUGAAGAUUAUGAUCAUGAUGGUCCACAAGGUUUAUCAUGGAGACGUUUACACAUGAGCAGAGCUAAACUAAAAGCAACAGCAACAACAUCUGAAUUAUUAUCAGGAUUUGCUAUGGUUGCAAUGGUUGAGCUACAAAUAAAUGAUCCAACAACAGUACCAGAAUGGUUAUUUAUUAUGUUUGCUGUAUGUACAACAGUACUUGUAUCAGUUCAUAUAUUUGCAUUGAUGAUUAGUACAUAUUUAUUACCAAAUGUUGAAGCAAUUAGUAAAUUACAAAUAGCUAGUCUUAUAACUGAAUCACCGCAUGAAAGAAUGCGUGGUUUUAUUGAAUUAGCAUGGGCAUUUUCAACAGUACUUGGAUUAUUUUUAUUUCUUGUUGAAGUUGCUAUUUUAUGUUGGGUUAAAUUUUGGGAUUAUUCAAUUAUGGCUGCAACUGCUAGUACUAUUAUUGUUAUACCAGUUUUAAUUGUUUUUGUUGCAUUUGCUGUACAUUUUUAUCAUUCAUUGGUUGUUUAUAAAUGUGAAACAUCAAUAAGUGAUCUAGAAGAACUUGAAAGUAUUAAAAAAAAAUUGGACAAUGUACAAACAUCUGUUUAAUUUUUUUUUUUUAGUAUUAAGUGAUUUUUCAAUAAUUAUAUAUUGUAUAAAUGUUUGUUUUUAUUAUUUUUUUAUAAAAUAAUUAUCAAUUUGUUGUAGAUUUACUUACUUUUAAUUUAGCUGAUUAAUUUAAUUGUUUUUUUUUUUUUUAUGAUUGUAUAAAUGAAAUUUCAUCUUAAUAAAAAUAUAGCAACCAAAAUAUUUUCAAAUAAUUAAAUCAUUUUUAUUUGUAAAAAUUAAAAAAAAAAAAUGUUUUGUUUUUCGGCAUUGUUUUUAUAUAUGUGACAUGUUUUUUUAAAUUUUUCUUCAUGACAAUCGAUGAUGCAUACAGUAUCAAUAUUUUAAAUAUUAUUUUUUUUUUGUUCAUGUAAAAAGACAACACUAUUUUAUUAGUAAUUAAAUUUUUUUCAGUCACACUAAAAAAAUGAUAAAAUGUGCAAAAUUUAUAAAUAAUAAUGAAAUUAAAUUUAUUAUUUAUUUUUUAUAAAUAAUUUUACACUUAAUUGCAGAAAUUAAAUAUAUGAAAAAUAAAAUCAAGUUACAUCUUAUUGCACAAUACUUGGCAUUUGUUUUUUUAAAUUUUCAAUCUCACAUUUUCUCGAUAUAUACGUUUUUUUUUUCUUUGUAUUUAUUAAUUUAUUUAUUUUAAAUUAAUAUUCAUUAACAACUUAAAUUUUGUCCAGGUGAAUUAGUCAUAGAAUUAAUAAUUUUUUAUGUACAUAAUGAAUAAGAAAAGAAUAACAAAAAAACACUGGCCAUAAUUUUUCGAAAUUUCAUCAGUGUUUUUGUUUAAUAAUAAUAAUAAUUUAAAGUAGUAUAUUUUUGAAAAUAAAUUGACAGUAUUGAGUUUUGUAAAUAAUACAAAAAAAUGAUUGUGUCAAAGGCAGUUAAUGAUGCGAGGGAAAAAUAAAAAAAAUGAGAAUUUUUAAUAAUUAAACAACCAGCUAAUUAAUUUAAACAUUCAUGUACCUCUCAACUAUAUGGUCUAAUGAGUAAUGAGUCUUUAUACAAUUUAAAUCAACAAAAAAAAAAUUAAAUUUGUUGAAAAAAAAAAUUAUAUAUUUAUAUGUUAAAUAUUUAUUUUAA